UCAAAUAGGAAAAUGCCGUCCGUGACCGCGCACGCCGGUCGCGUCGUCCACCGCCGCCUGCGCAACGGCGGCCGCCAUCUCCUCCCCUCUCCUUCUCCUCAACCCCCCGCACCGCUCUCACCAUGAACACCUCCUCUAGCUCCGGCCAGGGCUCCAACGCAGCCGCCCUCGCCUCCCCACACCAGCCGCGAGGUGGCCGUGGCGCCGCCGGGCGAGCCGGCGGCCGUGGCGAUGGGAGCAACCGCGUCGAUGCCCUCGGCCGCCUCCUGACGACGGUCUUGCGGCACAUGGCGCCGGAGCUGGGGCUGGGCAUGAGGAGCGACGGCUACGUGCGUGCCCGCGACCUGCUCGGCCUCAACCUGCAGACCUUCGCCAAGGCUCCCCUCAAGUCCCACUCGGUGGAUGAAAUCAGGGAGGCGGUCAGGCGAGACAACAAGCAGAGGUUCAGUCUGUUGGAGGAGGAUGGCGAGCUCCUGAUUCGGGCUAACCAGGGGCACACUGUGACAACUGUUGCAUCAGAGAGCUUGCUGAAACCAAUUUUAUCAGCCGACGAAGUCUCAGUUUGUGUCCAUGGGACCUACAGGAAGAAUCUUGAUUCAAUAUUGCAACAUGGACUAAAACGUAUGGAAAGGCUACAUAUACAUUUCUCAAGCGGUUUGCCAUCAGACGAAGGAGUCAUAAGCGGUAUGCGGCGUAGCGCAAACAUAUUGAUAUACCUGGACGUCCGCAAGGCGCUGCAAGAUGGGAUGAAGCUAUACAUCUCCGACAACAAGGUGGUACUGACGGAGGGUUUCGACGGCGUCGUCCCCGUCAAGUACUUGGAGAAGAUGGAGACGUGGACAGGACGCCCUCUGAUACCGUUCCAAAGAUAAAACCGUGGCUUUGCGUUGAUAGCUUGAGAUGCACUCACUCCCUUGAUUAAACCGUGCUGUAAUAUCUCUCUGAACUCUGAAGGCAUCAUUUGACAAACAGACUCUGAUGCAUGAGAGGGAGCAUCGUUCUGGACCUUGUACAAGUGGUUGUGCAAAACAUGCGUGUGGUGAUGAUGAUAACCUGCACCUGGUGGUGGUGCUUAUAUGUUUGCUGAAUCCAUGGACAAUUUUCUCCCUGAAUCAGGUUUGUCGUCUCGUUUCUUCUGAAGGACAUUUUGGCUAGCUACCCUCCCAUGUUCUGCAUGUGCACUUUGUUUUUCCAAAGUUGUGAAGUAAAGCUGAGGGAAUCUUUUCUGGAGUAGCAAAUUUGGUUUAUGAUGUGAGUCUGCAAAUCUGGGGUUUUCAGCUUAUGGUUAUCUCUACUUUCUUGCUAGAUUUGACUACGUAAUUGGGAGUUAUAGAUACAGAAUCCCCAGCUAAAAUAUCCUUUCCUUGAUUAGUUAUGUUGUUAAAGAAAAGGGAACAUGGGGCCAUGCAUUUAUGCAAGAACAUCGGCUACUAUUAAUGUUCAGAUUUAGAGUAACAGAUUCCUCUGACAAAGCUUCUGCUUUUUCACAAGCUGCAAUUUUUGGGCGCUAGACAACUCAUUUACCAGAGGACAAGGGUCAUUGGGCUAUAUAAGAACUGGUAGGACUUUUUUUUGCGGGGGGAAUUCGUUUGUUGUUUUGACUGUGCAGAACCUUUUAAUUGCAAAUCUCCUGUAAGAGUUUAUUGUUGUUUUUUCCUACAAGAAAGGAAGAUUUUUGUUGUUUAAAGCCUCGCUUCAAGAACUUGAGUUCGUGCCACAGCUGCAGCAUUUCUCAAAAGAGUUCAAUGUUUUUGCAAGAUUGGGUGCUAAUCUUUUUGUUGUGAAUCCUACCCCAAAAUGAGCAGAGGAAGCUGUGGACUGGCAUGAGCUAGGGAGCCAUGGGCUCCCUUUGCUGGACUGCUCCUUCGCCCUUCCUGCCGCCCCGCCUGCCUGCCAGCAGAUGACGCCACGGAGGUCAGCACCUCGGAGACCAGCAAGGGCUCUGUGCUCUCGCUCGCCAACGGCCCUGCCGACAAUGGCAAUGCCGCUCACUGAGCCAAUGGCACGUUCGCCGAGCUCCUGCACUGCUCCAACGCCGCUGACAAGCGAAUGCAGCAUCAGCAUCAGCAGCUGCAGCCCACGCUUGCCUACUACACCACCCAGGGCUCGCACGUCUCACCCAUGUUCUUUCAGAUGAUUUCCCAGCUCACCUUCUCCCAGGAGCAGCAGCACCGCCACCGCCUCCGCCGCCACCACCACGCCUCUGUUGCCUUCGACAGGAGCACACUUCAGUCCAACACCGUGUCCACCCUGCAGUGGCCGCCGUCCCAGCACCAGUUCCUGAUGCAGAGGUUCUCUGCUGCUCCAGGUGAACCUUCGUCCAUCUUUCCCUUCUUUCUUGGAGGCGGCGGUGCUGCUGCUGCUGCUGCUCCUGCAGCAGUCAAUGCGCUUGAGUGGGGGCUGCAGCUCAAUGCGCUUGAGUAGUUACAUGAGGAGUACAUCAAUCAUGGUGCAGCCCCAUUAACUGCAAAAAGUGAAUUCAGCGUUGUACCAACUACCAGGUCAUGAUCCAUUCAGCACAAGCAAAACCCAGAACGAGAGAAGGUCCACGGUGUCGAAGGUGUCGGCACCAUGAAGGCGCGUGGACAACAAAUGCUUAUUAGCUGGACCUUUGAGUCUUCUCAACAAAAACAUGUUGGCAUGGUCUGGAUACUGGUGGCAUAAGAAUUUCUCAUGUACCUGGGCAUUUGCAGAUGGUAAUUCAAACAUGAGUGAUUUGAUUUCUUUCA